GGGAAUCUAUAUCAUUAUAAUAAUAGGGGUUUCAGAUCCCAGAAAAGCGAAGAUGCGGAAUCUCCUGAUAAGAACGACCACGUCGGAACUGGAGGAGUCGCACCAGCCUGCAACGUUAGGCACAAGAUAGUAGUGAUGGGAGCAGCUAAAGUAGGGAAGUCUUCCAUUAUUACCCAAUUUCUGUAUGGGACGUUUUCUUCAAAGUACAAAAGAACCGUUGAAGAGAUGCAUCACGGGGAAUUCAACGUAGCUGGAGUGCACCUGACAUUGGAUAUCUUAGACACAUCUGGAGCUUACGAAUUUCCUGCAAUGCGAGCCUUAUCGAUAUCAUCGGCGGAUGCCUUCAUUUUAGUGUAUGACGUCACGGAUUCAGGCACUUUCGAAGAAGCUAGAGCUCUUAGAGAUCAAAUUCAUGAAGCCAAAUGUUCAACAAAUGUUCCAAUCGUCGUAGUCGGAAAUAAAACAGAUUUAACUGGAGAUCGUGAGAAUGUUGAAAGUGGUAUAAAUGGACUAAAAGAGAGGAAAAUAAUGAUAACAAAGAGCAAGUCGAUUCAACCCCCAUAUAAAAACGAGGCGAGUAGAAGCGAAUAUCAAGUGCCAAAUAAAACUAAUAACAAAAAGAAGCCUUUAAUUACCGUCUCAAGUAGCGAAUCAUUAUCAGAUUUUAGUCUUCACGAUGACUUACUUGACGAUGUCUCUAGUGAAGAUGAACCUAUGAAAAGAUCUAAGAGGAGCAGCAGCUCUGAAGAUGACAGUCCACUAAUUGAAUUAAAAUAG